CUGAAUUCGAUUCAAGCAACCAUGGAACUCACCUGGCUAUACGCAUCCCUCUCUCUCCUCCUCCUCCUCCUCUUUCUAAAUUUCAAGUUCUUGUCGGAAAAACGCCGGAACCUCCCACCGAGGCCGGUACCGGCGCUUCCAGUUAUAGGUCAUCUCCACCUCCUGAAACAACCUCUUCAUAGAACCCUCCACAAGUUCUCAGAGAAAGCUGGCUCAAUCUUCUCCCUCCGAUUUGGUUCCCGCCUGGUGGUCGUUGUGUCUUCAUCGUCGGUGGCGGAGGAGUGCUUUACCAAGAACGAUGUCGUUUUCGCCAACCGCCCUCGUUUCACUAUCGGCAAGUACAUAGGCUACAACUACACCUCCAUGGCUGGAUCCUCCUACGGCGAUCACUGGCGCAAUCUCCGUCGACUAGGUGCACUCGAAAUUUUCUCCGCCAGUCGUCUCAACAUGUUCUUAUCAAUUCGACAAGACGAAAUCAAGCGAUUACUGUGCUAUCUUCGUCAAAAUUCAGUCAAUGGGGGUUUCGCGAAGGUUGAUUUGAGGUCAAAAUUAUCGGAGCUGUCAUUCAAUAUGGUUAUGAGGAUGAUUUCAGGAAAGCGAUACUUUGGAGAAGACGAGGGCAAUGAGGAGGCGAAGCAUUUUCGGGGCCUCAUAAAGGAGGCAGUCCGAUACGGCGGUGCGUCGAAUCCGGGAGAUUUCUUGCCGGUUUUACGGUGGAUUGAUUACAAGGGUUUAGAGAAGAAUUUAGCGAAGCUUAGUGAGAAGAUGGACGUGUUUUUACAGGGUCUAAUUGAUGAGAACAGGCGUGAUAUUAAUAGUAGAAACACCAUGAUCAGUCAUUUGCUUUCUCUGCAACAAUCACAACCAGAGUACUACACCGAUCAAAUCAUCAAAGGGCUUAUGAUG